CUGACAGUACUUCAGUUUGAGCAACAUCGAAAUCAAAUCACGUCCGGCUACGGCGUAUUGUCUGAAGAUUGCAGCGCUGUGUCGGAAAUAAUUCCGUAAUCCGCGAUGGUGACCCAGGAACAGAUACAGCAGGAAAAGGCGGCUCGCCGUGCUGCCCUCCGCAAUGAGUACUGGCGCACGAUGACCAAUCCGCAUGCCCAUCUGCACGGUGAAAGCACCGGAGUGUUCGAUGCUGGUAUCGCACGUUUCCAGGCCAUGCGUGUUAGUCACUUCGAGCACUUCAAGCCAACGGGGAAAACUUUCAAGAUCGGUAUGUUGAUGACGGUGAUUCCGAUCGUGGUUUACUCAUGGAUGAUGAAGAAUGAACGGGACGGACGGGAACAUCAAUACCGCACAGGACAGGUCGCGUACAAGGAUCGCCGUUUCAAAUUUAUCUAAACAUUUGAACAUAAUUCACCCGGCUACGGGAAAAGCUUUCGGAUGAAUAAACGUUUGCUGAAGUUCUCCAAUUUUAGUUGUUUAGCGAUAA